GCAAACCAGUCUAUAAAGCUAAGAAUUUCUGAAGAACAACUAUCAAUAUAAAAAAUAAUUAAUGCUAAGACAAAUUUUCACCAGAGACGUCUCUUUUGGGUUUGCAUUUGUAACGAUAUUUGUAAAACACUAGAUUAUUUUAUGCAUUAUCAAUAUGUUUGUAAACUAAUUAAAGUAAAGUAAUGCAACAGAAUUGAAACUCUAAAGUAAAGAAAUUGUUACCAGCUCCCAAAUUCCAACUCCAAGACUACUAAGCUUGGGCAAAGUUGUCAAUUGUAAUCGUUCGUUUAGUGGACCAUGGAAGAUGCUAAUGAACUCAGGCACAGGUGCAGCACCACUGAUUUAAACAAGGAGAAAUAUAAAGACGAUGCUCUUUGGACCGAAACUGCUGAUGAACAGGUAAAUGUAGAAAACUCCGUUGACCAACUGUACACAGCAUUUAGAAGUAGAUUAAAGGAUGACCCAGACAUUCCAGUACUAGAGCGUGGUAUUCAUCGAACAUUCCUCUGGAAGGGACUCAAGAGCUUGUCGGGGGCAUAUGAGUGUUUAGAUGCGAGUCGGCCAUGGCUGUGUUACUGGAUUGUUCACAGUUUGGAGAUCCUGGAGGAAUUGAUUCCUGAGGACAUAGCAGUGCAAGUUGUGCAGUUUCUUGGAAAAUGUCAGUCGCCCUCUGGUGGAUUUGGUGGUGGACCACAGCAGUUGCCCCAUCUAGCACCAACAUAUGCUGCUGUCAAUGCAUUGUGCAUUCUAUCUCUCAGCACAGAUGAAGCAUUUAAAAUUAUUAAUAGAAAAACUUUAUAUGAAUAUUUGCUCAGCAUGCGGUCACCAGAUGGUUCAUUUAGAAUGCAUAAAGGAGGUGAAGUAGAUAUUAGAGGUGCAUAUUGUGCAGCUUGUGUAGCGACUCUAACUCACAUUUCCACUCCAGAAUUGUUCAAAGACACUCCACAGUGGCUGGCCAAGUGUCAGAGUUAUGAAGGUGGGUUUUCUGGGUGUCCUGGCCAGGAGGCACAUGGAGGCUACUCAUUCUGUGGACUGGCAGCACUCAUUCUGAUCGGCGGCAUCAAACAUUGCGACAUCAAGAACCUGUUGAGAUGGACUGCUAACAGACAGAUGCGGUUUGAAGGUGGAUUUCAAGGCAGGACCAACAAGCUAGUGGAUGGCUGUUACUCGUUCUGGCAGGGUGGAGCUUUCCCACUGUUUCACAUGGUGCUCUGUUCUCGAGAUGAUGAUCACCUGAGUGCUGAACGCUGGAUGUUCCAUCAAGACGCACUACAGGAAUAUCUCCUUAUUUGCUGCCAGCAUCCUGGUGGUGGCCUUAUAGACAAACCUGGCAAAUCUCGUGAUUUCUACCACACGUGUUAUUGCCUCAGUGGUCUUUCUGUUGCUCAGCACUUUACUGGAGGCCAUCUGGCAGAGAAAUAUAUCAUUGGCAGUCCAAAGAACGAAGUGAAACCCAUUCAUCCAGUGUACAACAUUGGAAUAGAUGCUGUAGUUCAAGCAAAUCAGUAUUUCAACAAUUUACCCAAACCGGGAAAUGAAACUGAACACAAUAACUAAAGUUUGUACCAGAGAAAUGAGGAACAGUAGCAUCAUUAUAUACUUGCUAAAAUGGCCAACUGUAUCAAAUAUAUAAAAACACUUAAGCAAUUUUCUUUUUCUUUCUGGAAUUGGUAUUCAUUAGAACUUAGGUAUGAUAAGCAUAAAAGAAGAGUUUGAGCCAAAUCAGAAAUGUUUUUAUAACAAAUAUUUGUGUUGUGAUUUUUUUAUAUAAGUGAACUUAUUAAGGAAAAAAAUUCCCUACAUCAAAAUUUCAGUCAUAUUUAAAAAAAUCUUCUUUGUUGUCAAAUCUUAAACAAAAAUACCAUAAUGAUUAACAAUGCAACAAAGGAAUAUAUCUAUUUACUGAUGAUAAACUGUUUACCAACUGUGAUCCCACCAAAAUUCCAAAUCAUGAAUUCAGGAACAUUAUUCAGAGUGAGAGAUUUUGUUCUGGAUAGAGAUUUGUGGAAUUCCAUCAUGUAGUAUAUUAUAUGCCUAUAUUAAACUUGGUGUAUUAUAAAAUAUCUGCCUUACAUUACCGUACCUGUUGUAGUGGAAAUACAUCCACUUGCCCAUUGACAACUAUAAAAGCAUUGCAGAACGUGUAGAAUUGCUCUCUGGUGAACUGAACACCAGGCUGAUACCAUACUACUUAGUUAUAGCAAUAACAUUUGUUAGAUAUUGUCAAUAAACGUAUAUUAUUGUC